AUUCUUCUCUUCUUCGUACUCUAUAUUUACAAGAAAGAGUUCCGCAACAAUAUUACAACAUUCUUCGUAUAAUUUCUACUCUGCUCAAAAAUUCUUCUCUUCUUCGUACUCUAUGUUUACAAGAAAGAGUUCCGCAACAAUAUUACAACAUUCUCCGUAUAAUUUCAUUUCUAACCGACUUCGAAAAAGAGAAGGUUACUCGAUUCGAUGUGUAUAUCUUUUUCUUUCAUGGUACAAUAAUUUACUAAAUCGAAGAGCAUUAUAAAUAUAAAUGUUUGAAAGCCGUGAAUUUCCAUUUUCUCCAAAGUAUAAUCGUCUUCAUUUAUUAAACAAAAACAUUUCAGUCUGGAUCAAAAGAGCAAGAAUCGCAACAGGGGAGAAUAUCGUGGGUGGGGAGACCAAGAGAGAGAGAGAGAGAGAGAGAGAAUGGUCGAGGAGAGGACAGAAGAACUAGAGCGAGAAAGAGACAAGCUUCAUACGCGUUCGCAUUCAGUCUGUCUGCGGCAUUCGUGCCAGUCGUAUUCCGUUGCUUCUUUCACCAUAUUUUAUUUUUAUCUUUUUUUUUUUUAAAUAUUUCCUUUUCCAGUUUAUACAGCCUCUUCACUAGUCGAAACAAUGAGCUAAACGGUGAACGCAGUACACGCCAAUUGACAAACAGAGAUACAGGCAUCCCCCGAGUGGAGAUAAUGUGCGUUUCACCUCGUAACUCCUUGGUCGUCUUCUCGAAUACCACGAUGCAGUUGAACAGUUGACGAAGUGUCCUCGCUAAUUAUCACGAAUCAUCAAAUGGACGAGUCUACGAAAGCGUCCCAAAAAGCAGACCGUCGAUCAUCGAAGCCAGAUACCGAAGAGCAACGGAUCGCUCGUCUGAAAGCUGCCUGCUCGGAGACUGACAACGAGAAUAAUCUAAAAGUUCCCCAACGAAAGUUGUCGGUGUUUUGUCGAUCGUUCGACGUGAUCGCUUCAAAAAAUCAGGGCGAGGCGUACGAGUUCCGACGUACCUCCAGCAGCCCUUCCGUUCAUCUGGAAAAAGCUCAAGAUGGAGAGCCGAGGAGCAACGAGGAAACGAGCCCGUGCAAGAAAGGUUUCGUCAACAAUUGUCGUUCGUUGAUAGAGAGCGGCAAGUUCCUCAGUGGGUCCUCACCUGAUCGUCUCAGCGAAAGGACGUACAGCAACGUUCAAUUUUCCAAGUCGAAAACCGUGCCUCUAUCAGCGUUCAAGCUGCCGAGAGUUAGGGAGGACGCUGUCGAUAAAGCUGCGAGAAAGCACGAAGCGAAGCAUUUCAAAUUGAACAGUAAUCACGAGGGCAAAGAUGCCGACGAAAGUGUCGCUACCGAUUCGCACAGGACCUCGUCUCCAGGAUCUGACGAUUCCGCCUUACCUAUCAAUGAAAAAUUAGAAAAUGGUGGGAGAUAUUCCUCCAUUGGUUCGUCGAGCAAUUUCGCGCCUAAAUGCGCUCCGCGAUCAGCAACUUCGAUCCAGAGCAACGAUCUGGCUAAGAUCAGGGAUUCGGCGUCGCCCCGCGCGUUUCCGAGCGCGUCGAGUGCUGGUCGUCGCGGCAAAUACACACCAGUCGAUCCAGAAAUGUCGAGUCACGAGGAUAGCUCGAUCGGUUCGGAUAACGAGGACGAGCCGAUCGGGGGAAUCCUGAACGCGAGCCGUCCGCCAGACGAGACCUCGUGGAACGCGGUGCCAAGGAGUGGUAGAAUUCCCCCGCAACCCUCGUCGUCUUUUUCCAUCGGUGAUGCCCCAGGGAAACCGGAUUCGGGUGAGCCGCUCGACGAAAAGAGAACGGAAGACCUCGAGGAAUCUCGAUCGACACCAGAGAAGCGACAAAAAUUUUCUGACGGGAGGAGGUCCUUGUCAGAGGGCGACGGCGAACAAUACCAAAAUGCAAAAGGCUGCAGAUGCAGCAGACUGGAAUCAUCCGAGGACAGAGAGCAGAUUCGGGCUUUUCCUAGCUUCACUGAUGCUCGGCUGCAGAGAAUGAGAUUAUCGAACUUCGAAGAAACAAACACUUUGUACAGAGAGAACUUUGCGAUAUCAGAAAACGAGCUCGAGCGCAGAUACAUCGCGUUCUCGAUAGGGCUCAGUACAGACAGGAUCACCUUGCAUCGGAGAUUAAUAUUAUCUCGGCGACAACGAGAUCUAUCAGAACGUAACUUCACCGGUGAAAUUCAGAAAAUGCAGGAAGACAUACAGGAGUUAUCGCCGCUGUGCACAGACAGGGAAUCGAUGGAGAAAGUGGAAAAGGUCCGUUGCAGGCUAGAGACUAUAAAGAAAUGCGUUCGUAGGACCUGUUACGCUGCUGAAACUCUCGGAGCAGUGCAACAAGAGCAAAGGGUCUGUGGAGGAGUUUUCAUAGCGGACAAGUAUCUUCGAACGCUGCGUUCGAGGUGUGAGAAUCUGGCCACGGAAAUCGCUGAGAUCAAACGAAUCUUGUUGAUGCACAACAUCGUGAUCGAGGAGGGCACAGGAGAGAUGGGCGACGAUGCGUCUAAAUUACGUUACUCCAAUAAUCGAGCUAUGGUGUCUAGAAGGAGAGCGAGCAUUGCAACAUUUUCAGGGCCUAUAUUUACGCAAGAUGUGAUAAAGGAAGGUCCUAGACAACGUAAUUCCGUUUCCGGUAGAGUUACCCUAAUAACACAAAGGAGGCCAUCGUUGUGCUCCGAUAUGCAACGAUGGGAAAAUGAGAAACUAAAUCGAACAGACUCCAGUAGCGUCACCGAGUUACGCGACAUUUCUGAACAGAUCGAGUCGAGGAGGAACUCUUUGGAAGAGAAUAAUAAUCUUCUAAGACACGAUCAAGCGAAUAAUAUUGAGUCUGUGAAUUGUGACGUUAGCAAUAACGCGGAAAACGAAGAUCGAUCAUUGUCGUCAUCGUCUUUCUUAGAAUCCAGCAUGACCAAACACGUUGAAAAACAAUUAAUAUCGUGUAUAAGAAAGGCCGAACCCUUACGAAUAACUAGAAACUUCCAAACAUGGCGGCCGAUACUAUGGUGCGCAUUGAUCUUCUUCCUUGGAUUUUAUGCAAAUUACAUUACUUCAUCGGUGAAUACGUGCGAACACAUGACUACCCUAACAAAAUGAUCGAUUUCAAUUGUAUGAUCUAAAGGUUAAUCUUGUCUACUAGGGUAUUACAGUAUUAAAAAUUUAUUCAGAGUGUAAAAAUAUUUAUAAGGUAAAAUAAUAAAAGACCAGGAUUACAAA